AUGUCCCUUCAGAGUCUCGAGCCUGACUUUGCCAUUGGCAUCCAACGUCACAACUUGCCUGCAAAGGACGAAAAGGCCAGACAAGCAGCCUCCAAUGACGAUUCCAACUUGCAAUUGCUCUUCAACACUUUGGAGAAGUUUGGGUUCAAGGCUCAGGUGCGUACUGGCUCCGACGCUGGCACUCAACUUAUUGUUUUUGUCAAGAUCGUGUCGAAAGUAUACGAAGACCUCGUGAAGAAGGAUUUGCUCAGAAACUUCGAGUUUGGCCUUACUGAUGACGAUGCUGCUUCUUACAACAAGCAGAGACUCAUAUACGAGUAUUUGACGUCUCUGGAAGCUCUUGGCGGCGUGGGAAUCACUCCAGGCAUCGGUCAAUGGAAAUUUGUGGAGUCAAUUACAUCUUUAGAGGGCUACUUAGCUGACACUACUUUGAGUGAACAGGCAAAAUCGGAGCUUUUCCAGCCCAGCUUUCUCACUGCAAAGUUCAAAGAGCUUUACGGUCCCGGUGUGGCUUUGUACUUUGACUUUGUGCGUUUCUACACCGUGGCUUUGGCUGGUUUGUCCGUCUUCGGGAUUAUUGGUUACUUGAAGUCGAAGAACUACUCAAUUGCGUUUUCUUUUAUUAACUUGAUCUGGGGAGCCGGAUUGCUCGUUUUGUGGAGAAGAAGAGCCAAGUUCUUGUCGAACACAUGGGGUGUUCAAGGCGCUCUUGAUUUGGAGAGAUUCCGUUCUGAGUUGGCUGGUGCUUCCGGUGAUUUGCAAGAUACUAAGCAUAGAUCCGAGACUGACAAGGCCAGAUUUGUCAAACAACUUCUAUUCGUGCCCGUUGCUCUUGCAUUUGGUGCAAUCUUGCUCGCUGCCCAAGGUGGUUGCUUCGUUUUGGAAAUUUUCAUUGCUGAGAUUUACGAUGGUCCAGGUAAGUUGGUUUUGACAUUGACGCCUACCAUUCUUUUGAGUGUUUUCGUCCCAGUUUUCACGAUUGUCUACUCCCUGGCCACUCAAAAGUUCAUCGACUGGGAAAACCACCAGAGCAACCUUACUCGCAGCCAGUCAUUUGCUAUCAAGUCGUUUUUGUUGAGUAUCAUGACAGGUUACGUUCCACUUCUCAUCAGUGCCUUCAUCUAUUUGCCAUUUGCUCACCUUCUUCAACCCAACUUAAUCUACAUCAAGAGAGCUAUCUCUGGUAGAAUCAGAUCCGACAGAUACGCCUACCUGUACUUGACCAAUAUCAAGUCUGAGGACAGCUUCCAGAUCAACCAGGGCAGAUUGGACGGUCAAUAUUUUUACUUCAUUGUCACAAACCAAGUCAUUGGCAGUGUCUUGAAAUUCGGCUUGCCAUUGAUCUUGACCCCUGCCAUUGAGUUUGUGAAGAAGAUCAUUGGAGGUAACAAGGGUAAGGUUGAAGCUGAGGAGAACCCAGAAGAGAAACCAUAUUUGGAGCGUGUUCGUCGUGCAGUUGCACUUCCAGAAUACUCCGUUGACGACAGUUUUAGAGACAUUGCCUUGCAAUUUGGUUAUGUCACCAUUUUCGGCUCGAUCUGGACCUUGGCUCCUCUCGUGUGCAUCUUCUUCAAUGUGCUUACAUUUAAGUUGGAAGAGUGGAGAUUGUCGAGUGGAAAGUACUUCAAGCCUGUGGUUGCUAGAAAGAUUGACACCAUCUACCCAUGGAAUGUUGCAUUCUUCUUCUUGGCUUGGCUUGGAUCUAUUGUGUCACCACUUGUUGCCUCUUUCUACCGCCACGGUGCCAAACCACCUAAGAACUUUGGCUCAUUUGGUUUCGAUAAGGCGAGUGUGAAUGUUGGAUCCACCGUGGGUCUUGUCACCGUUUUGUUGUUCUCUGAACACUUGUUCUUCGUGUUGUACUUUAUUGGCGGUAAGUUGAGUGACCUUUUCAAGUCUGAAACCGAGAUUGAAAACGACAACUUCCAAAAUACCCUCAUCUUGAGAAGACAGCAAUUUUCCCAACAGAAAUUGCCCGAAAUUGCCUCCCCUGAUGACAGCGCUUGGUCUUCAUACGCUCCUAGUGGUGCUCUUCAGCAGGUCAAGUCCCUCCAGUUGCACGAGGUUGAGCCUCAAAAUGAAAAGAGCCAGAGCGAAAAGAGCCAGGUUGAUGCCCCCACUCAAAGCGAGGACCAAGGUCAAAGCAAGAGUAUUGGUGAAACUAUCGCUGCUGUUGGUGCUCUGACUGGUAUUUCUCGUCUUGUUGCUUCCGACGGUGACUCUUCUGUGACUAACAAGAAGGAGCUUUUGGAGAAGAAGAGAUUGGAGUUAGAGAGACUUCAGCAGGAAAAACGCAAAGAGUUAGAGGAACGUGCCGAGAAAGGUGACUCCAUCAUCGACACCGUGAACACUCGUGGCGAGUCUGCCAACGCUAUCAUAGACGACAACUCGCACGUGCCAACUUCUGGCGAAGAUUACGAGAAGCACAUUGACACCGAUGCCGCUGCUGCUCGUUCUCAGGAGGCUCAAGGUAAACUGUCUUCUGCCGCUCCUGCCGCUGCAGGUGCUGCUGGAGGUGCUGCUGUUGCUGGAGGUGCUGCGGCUGCUUCUCUGAAGGGUUCUCUGGACAAGCCAAAGAGCAACGAGUCCCUGGGAGGUCUUCCCCUGGUUGUUAAUGCUUCCCCCAGCAACGACCCAAAGGCUGCUCUCAAUAGGGAACAUAUCCUGCAAAAGAGUGCCGAAAGACUAGGCGUUGCUGGUAAGGAAGGAACUGUUGCGCCUGUUGCUGAACGUGCCGAAGAGACCAAGCUUCCUGUUGCUACGGUGAAGGACGAAGAGAAUGGUGAGGAUACAGAGGCUGCGGAAGCUGCUACUGGAGCUGGAGCUGGUGCCGGUGCCGGUGCCGGAACUGGUGCCGCUACUGGCGAGAGCUCUUCUGAGGCUCCUGCCGCUGAAGAAAAGACACCUACUUCGAAACAGACUAACAACACCGAAGGCGAGAAGACUUCAAGCCAGAACACAAGCAGCAAGAAGUCGACCGACACCAGGGCCACCGACAACUCGAGUGUUGACGAAAACGGCAAGAAGUCGUCCAGAAAAAAGAGUUUGAAGAACUUGUUGAAGAGGAAGUAA